ACGCUCUUGGUAGGCGCCGCGCUCCCCCGCUCACCACAGUGGUUUGGCCGCAGCAACCCCUCUCCAGCGGCGCGUCCUCCGCGUUUGGUACAGCCCAGCCCGUCUCCCCCGAAGCCGCGCGCCCUCGCCCCUCAGUCGGUGGAACCCGCAGCCCCCCGUGCGGCCCGUGGCAGCCCCCAGCCCGCUCGGCCCACGCCCGCCAUGGUCCGUCCGCGCCGCGCCCCGCACCGCUCCGGCGCUGGGGGCCCCCUCGGGGGUCGCGGCCGACCCCUGCCGCUCCUCACGGUGCGCGCCGCCCGCUCGCGCUCCUGGCCCGCCAGUCCCCGGGGUCCGCAGCCGCCGCGGAUCCGGGCUCGCUCGGCCCCUCCCAUGCAAGGUGCUCGUGUCUUUGGGGCCCUGGGGCCCAUUGGGCCCUCCUCGCCGGGGCUCGCCCUUGGGGGCCUGGCCGUCGGCGAGCACCGGCUCAGCAACAAGCUGCUGGCCUGGAGUGGCGUCCUCGAGUGGCAGGAGAAGCGCAGACCCUACUCGGAUUCCACCGCGAAGCUGAAGCGGGCACUCCCCUGCCAGGCCUAUGUCAACCAGGGCGAGAACCUGGAGACCGACCAGUGGCCGCAGAAGCUGAUCAUGCAGCUGAUCCCACAGCAGCUGCUGACCACCCUGGGCCCCCUGUUCCGCAACUCCCAGCUGGCGCAGUUCCACUUCACCAACAGAGACUGCGACUCUCUGAAGGGGCUCUGCCGCGUCAUGGGCAACGGCUUCGCGGGCUGCAUGCUCUUCCCCCACAUCUCGCCCUGCGAGGUGCGCGUGCUCAUGCUCCUGUACUCGUCCAAGAAGAAGAUCUUCAUGGGCCUCAUCCCCUACGACCAGAGCGGCUUCGUCAACGCUAUCCGGCAGGUCAUCACCACCCGCAAACAGGCAGUGGGACCUGGGGGCGUGGCGGGGCCCGUCCAGAUCGUCAACAACAAGUUCCUGGCCUGGAGCGGAGUCAUGGAGUGGCAAGAGCCCAGGCCUGAGCCCAACAGCCGGUCUAAGAGGUGGCUGCCGUCGCAUGUCUACGUGAACCAAGGGGAGAUCCUGCGGACCGAGCAGUGGCCCCGGAAGCUGUACAUGCAGCUCAUCCCGCAGCAGCUGCUGACCACGCUGGUGCCCCUCUUCCGGAACUCCCGCCUGGUGCAGUUCCACUUCACCAAGGACCUGGAGACGCUGAAGAGCCUGUGCCGCAUCAUGGACAACGGCUUCGUGAGUGGGCGGCAGGGGCAGCGGCGGACCGCAGGGCCAGAAACUGGAAGGGGGACAGGUCCCCCCGCAAACAGCAGGAGGGGGCGUGAGGGCAGCCAUGGUGAAGGCGGGGUGGGGUUGCUGUGCGCCCCGACACGGGCUCCCCUGACCCCGCUGCACCGAUGGGGAGACCGGAGGCCCGGAGGCCCAGAGGCUGAGCCAGCCAGCCUGGCCUCCGGGCUGCUGUGUGUCGGUUUACUCAGUGGAGCAGGGCUGCCCGCACCAGGCUCCCAGGUCCUCUCCUGUGGCUUUCCUCCUGCUCGCUGCCCAGGGACGGGGUGCCGUCAUGUCACUCCGGGUUUUCCGGUGGAAACCCCCAGGCUCCCCCAGGGCCCUCGCCAGGCAGGCCGCUCCUUGAAGCCCCCAGGGGUUACCUCCUGGUGGGUGUGGGCCAGGUCCGUUUCCCUCUCUGGGCCUCAGUUUCUGCGAAGUGAGGAGGGUGAGAGACUUCUGCGCUCCUGAAUCCGCAGCUGUCCCCUGUCAUAGUUGUGCCAUCGGGCAUUUGAGGGGCCGGUCCUGUACCUCUCGCGUGUCGUUGGUUCCCUGAGGGAACUCAGUGCUUUUAAAGGCCGUGAGCCUGGCGGCCGGCCCUCCUCUCGGCUCUCUGGGCCUCCCGUCAGGCUGUCGCCUCAGGUGGGCACUGUGAGGGGCUUCCUCUUGGACGUGUCACCACUGUCCCUCAAGGUGGCACACAGGGCCGAGGGUAGACACGAUCCCAUCUGGCUCUGGGAGCCUGCAAAUCCUGAAGCUUAGCCUCGGUUUGUCCACCUGUGAGGUGGGCACAGUGCUCUCCAGCCUGCAGAGAGGGGAUCUGGCGAAGGGGCUCGGAGCAGUCGGUCCACUGGGCCCCUUGACGCUCCGGCCACUGUGACCUGCAGCCACAUCCCUGAGCUGAGUGGAGGUGACAGUGGCGUGGCCUCCUGGUGCCUCAGCUGCCUCAGGGGGUUGCCAUGUGGAGGGAGCCUGAACACUGGAUUGGACCUGGUAUUUCUUCCCCCGCGAGGCCUUCAUGGGCACCGCUGGUCCUGGGG